UGAGUCACAGUUUGCAACUUGCAACUUUUACUCGAACUCCCCUAAUCCCUCCCGUUAGGAUAAACCAGCCUGAAAAUGAGAGGACAGGUGCUUGGGGUUAUCCUAACACAUAGAUCACCAGGUGUUUAGAGAAUCCGCUGUGAGAUCGUUAGGGGAUCGUCAUUGGAAUUGGAUAAUGUGCUAUCUUCGGUUACAUAUGAAAAUCUGGGCUUCGAGGUACGGUCUGAAUGACAACAGCUGCGGACUUGCUACAGAAGCGCGGUGCAGAAGCUGGCACUCCAGAGGCGCAAACCAGCACUGCAUUCCUGUCAACCAUUCACACGCGUGAAGCUCGGAUUAUGUGCAGAGCGAUCCUAGUGCUUUGGAAUAACUUCCCUUUCCGUUUUGGAUAUGUGUUAUUCGGCGACUUUCCCGGUCGAUUCGACACGGUCGGUUGAUGUGCCGAUAAAUCGAGAGUACAUGAUUGCAAUCAUUGGAGCUGGCCAGCGAGGUAAUGCUUAUGCGCGAUACGCCACCGUUUGUCCCGAUAAAUGUAAGGUGGUCGCCAUAGCUGAGCCCCGCCCAAACACGCGCAAAAAUAUGGUUUGCACCCACAAUAUCUCCAAGGAGAUGGUUUUCCACACUUGGGAGGACUUCAUCGCCGCUUCAAGGCUCGUCGUCGCUACCCAGGAUAAGAUGCACGCACCGGCUGUUCAUGCCCUCGCUGAACAGGGCUACCAUAUUCUCUGUGAAAAGCCAAUGGCUACGUCUCCCGAGGAAUGCAUUAGAAUGGCGGACGACGUGAAGAGAGCCGGGAAGAUAUUUGGCAUUGGACAUGUCCUGCGUUAUUCCCCGUACUCCCGGGCCAUUGCGAAGAUCAUCGAGUCCAAGGAACUCGGUGAAAUUGUCAACAUCGUUCACAUGGAGCCUGUCGGAUACUUCCAUUUUGCACAUUCAUAUGUACGGGGCAACUGGUGCCAAGAGGGGGAAAGCUCGUUUUCACUGAUGACCAAGAGCUGCCAUGACAUCGAUCUUAUUUGUUCGUAUUUAGCACCGUUUGGUGCAGUCCCCGUCCGAGUUUCCUCGUUCGGCUCUCUCUCUCACUUCAACAAGAAAAGCAAGCCCGCAACGGCUGGUGAUGCUACGAAAUGCCUAGAAUGUCCCCUCCAAGACAAAGGCUGCCCUUAUAGUGCAAAGAAAAUCUACUUGGAACCUAUCUCUGGUGGAAUGACGUCUUGGCCGGUGUCUGUCCUUACUGACGGCAAACCAACACGAGACUCCGUCUUAGCGGCGCUUCAGAACGGUCCAUACGGCAAAUGCGUGUAUGAGUCACGCAACGAUGUUGUUGACCAUCAAGUGGUCAACGUCGAAUUCUCCAGGGACAAACUGUUUCAGCUCAUCUGUGAGCGUCAGACUCGAAUUCACUUCACCAAAGGAGAGUUGAUCGGUGAUAUGCGAGGGGAAAUUCGGACCGUGUAUGAUCAGGGAAACGAUCCCGUUCGGAAUCAUCAAGUAGAAAUAGACGCAGACAGCGGCCAUGGGGGAGGUGAUAUCGGUCUAAUUGCAGCUUUUAUCGAUGCCGUUGCAGAAGGUAAGCAGGAGGUACUCGGAGUUGACAUCGAUGAUAUCCUGUGCAGUCACUUGACGGUAUUUGCUGCGGAAAAGAGCCGCCGUGAAGGCUGUGUGGUUGAUGUCCAGGCCUAUGAAGCCCAAGUGCGGGCAGGAAUGGCCAAGAUUUCCAUUGUCUAAAC